AGUGGAGCGGCGGAGUGGCGUGGACCUCAUGUAGAAAUGACAACAAUGGAAGGGGCCAGCGGGUCGAGUUUUGGAAUAGACACGAUUUUGUCCAGUGCCAGUUCGGGCAGCCCCGGCAUGAUGAAUGGAGAUUUCCGCCCGCUCGGCGAGGCCAGGACCGCGGAUUUUAGGAGUCAGGCCACUCCGUCUCCCUGUUCGGAGAUCGAUACUGUAGGAACGGCGCCUUCCUCUCCUAUCUCGGUCGCCAUGGAGCCCCCGGAACCGCAUGUGAUAGCGGACGGCCCCCAGCAUCACCACCACCUCCACCACAGCCAACAGCCGCCGGCGCCGCCGCAGCCAGCCGCGGCCCCCACGCAAAGUUUGCAGCCUUCGCCCCAACCAACGCCGCCGCAGCCACCCGCCCAGCAGCUGGGCUCGGCCGCCUCGGUCCCCAGGACUUCCACCUCUUCUUUUUUAAUUAAGGACAUCUUGGGCGACAGCAAACCUCUGGCGGCGUGUGCACCGUACAGCACCAGCGUCUCCUCUCCCCACCACACCCCGAAGCAGGAGAGCAACGCAGCACACGAGAGCUUCAGGCCAAAGCUCGAGCAGGAGGACAGCAAAACCAAACUCGACAAGCGGGAAGAGUCCCAGAGCGACAUCAAAUGCCACGGAACAAAGGAGGAAGGAGACCGGGAGAUUACGAGUAGCCGAGAGAGUCCCCCUGUGAGAGCCAAAAAACCUCGCAAAGCCAGGACGGCUUUCUCCGACCACCAACUCAAUCAACUGGAACGUAGCUUUGAGCGACAGAAGUACCUGAGUGUGCAGGACCGCAUGGACCUGGCAGCUGCACUCAAUCUCACUGACACCCAGGUCAAGACCUGGUACCAGAACCGCAGGACCAAGUGGAAGCGGCAGACUGCGGUGGGCCUGGAGCUGCUGGCCGAGGCAGGGAAUUACUCGGCACUGCAGAGGAUGUUUCCGUCGCCUUAUUUCUACCACCCAAGCUUGCUGGGCAGCAUGGACAGUACUACCGCCGCGGCGGCCGCCGCCGCCAUGUACAGCAGCAUGUACCGGACUCCUCCUGCACCCCAUCCCCAGCUGCAGCGGCCCCUGGUGCCCCGAGUGCUAAUCCACGGCCUGGGGCCUGGGGGACAGCCGGCCCUCAAUCCCCUGUCCAACCCCAUCCCAGGCACCCCGCAUCCCCGGUGAAGAGCAAGUCACUGUCCCUCCCUGUCCCCUCCCCGACUCGGACAGCUGCCCCUCCUCUCCCGGCACCAGGCUGUCCGGCCUCCCUUGCAGCCAACCGGGAAGCAAAGAAGUAAGAGAGGAAGACACUCACCAGCGGGUGGAGGGGGGGCCCAAAGAGGAGCCAGCCCUCCACUCUCCAUCUCCCCACCCCCAGAGACAGGGCUGGAAAGCUCCCGCACAGCAGUGUGACUGGCGAAAAUGCCGACUCCACACAAAGUGCGACCAGUAAGUGAAAACA